CCAAGAUGGCACCCCCAGGAGCUGGGAGCGGGUGACUCGCGGCGGGGAAGCGGCCUGGGUUGGCCCUCAGGUUGUGGGGUUGUGGGGUUGUGGGGGCCUCUGGCCGGGCACCCCGCACUGGCCCGACUACCAGGCCUUCCCCGGGCCAGAGCCAUGGCCGCCGAGAACAGCAAGCAGUUUUGGAAGAGGAGCGCCAAGCUGCCGGGGAGUAUCCAGCCUGUGUAUGGAGCACAACAUCCUCCUUUGGAUCCUCGACUCAGCAAAAAUUUCAUUAAAGAACGGUCCAAGGCGAACACAGUUCCUCUGAAGAGUAAGAAGGCCUCCAGCUUUCACGAGUUUGCCCGGAACACCAGCGACGCUUGGGACAUUGGCGAUGACGAGGAAGAGGACUUUUCCUCACCUUCUUUCCAAACUCUGAACUCAAAAGUUGCCUUGGCAACUGCAGCCCAGGUCCUGGAAAACCACAGCAAGCUCCGAGUAAAGCCCGAACGGUCCCAGUCCACGACGUCCGAAGUCCCCGCCAGCUACAAGGUCAUCAAGUCCAGCAGCGAUGCCCAGCUCUCCAGAAACUCCAGUGACACAUGCCUGAGGAACCCACUCCACAAACAGCAGUCACUCCCUCUGCGACCCAUCAUCCCCCUCGUCGCCCGGAUCUCGGACCAGAAUGCUUCCGGAGCACCCCCCAUGACAGUGCGGGAGAAAACGCGCCUGGAAAAGUUCCGCCAGCUUCUAUCUAGCCACAACACCGACCUCGAUGAGCUGAGGAAGUGCAGCUGGCCGGGGGUGCCCAGGGAGGUCCGGCCCGUGACCUGGAGACUCCUGUCGGGUUACCUCCCGGCAAACAUGGAGAGGCGGAAGCUGACCCUGCAGCGGAAGCGGGAGGAGUAUUUUGGCUUCAUUGAGCAGUAUUACGACUCUCGAAACGAGGAGCAUCACCAGGACACCUAUAGACAGAUUCACAUUGACAUUCCGAGGACGAACCCCCUCAUUCCGCUGUUCCAGCAGCCGCUCGUGCAGGAGAUCUUUGAGAGAAUUCUGUUUAUCUGGGCCAUCCGCCACCCUGCCAGUGGAUCAUUCACCCAGAGUACAAGACAGCUGCAUUCAACUAUUCAAGCAAUACCAGCACAAAUCUUUCUCUUCAAGGAACACCGAGAAAUCAGUAAUAUAGAAGAGGACGUGGAGAACUUCGAUGUGACCAACUUGUCCCAGGACAUGCUGCGCAGCAUCGAGGCGGACAGCUUCUGGUGCAUGAGCAAGCUGCUGGACGGGAUCCAGGAUAACUACACCUUCGCACAGCCAGGGAUCCAGAAGAAAGUCAAGGCGCUGGAAGAGCUCGUCAGCCGGAUUGAUGAGCAGGUGCACAGUCACUUCAGGAGGUACGAGGUGGAGUACCUGCAGUUCGCCUUCCGCUGGAUGAACAACCUGCUCAUGCGGGAGCUGCCGCUGCGCUGCACCAUCCGCCUGUGGGACACCUACCAGUCCGAGCCAGAAGGCUUCUCCCACUUUCACCUCUACGUGUGCGCAGCCUUCCUGAUCAAGUGGAGGAAGGAGAUCCUGGAUGAAGAGGACUUCCAGGGACUCCUGAUGCUGCUACAGAACCUACCCACGAUCCACUGGGGCAACGAGGAGAUCGGGCUGCUGCUGGCCGAGGCCUACAGACUCAAAAAAACCACCGAGAUGUCUCCUACGCCCGUGGUGUGGGGGUCAGGCUCUGCUCGAGUUGCUUUCUGUGAUUCAGUCCUGUUGGAGUCCAGGUCAGAUUUGCCUUAUGUUUUCAGAAGCCCAGCCAGCCUCGGGGGAUGCUGCGGCCAUCCCGCGGGGCUGGACGGGCUCUGGGACGAGGCGGCACCCAAGGGCUAGGAAUCUCCCUUCCCUGUCCUCCCCCUCCUCUGUGUGUGUGUGCGGUCAGUCUGCACAGGUCCUGGUGCCCAUGUCCAGCCCAGCCUGGCCCCGUGUGACCAAGUGGACGAGCGUCCCUUGAGAAGGAUCAGGGCAGGAGGGAGAAGGGCUCUCACCUCUCCGCACCCUUGCCCACGAUGACCCACUCCAAGAUAUUAUGUGUAAAUUGUGUUAUUAUGUAUAUGGGUGAAGCUGUACAAAUAUACGUCCUCUUUGUAGCAGAUCCGAGUUUAUAUUUAUAACGCGCGACCCCGAGCGGACACAGUCCAGGCCCCUGUGUGGGUGCAGCUGCCGGCUCGGUCUCCAGGCGCCCUCCUGGCCUAAGCCCCAGUGCCAGGUUCUAGGGUCGCCCUUGGUGUCACAGGCACCGUCCUCGCCCUCCUGCUCUCCUCCCCAGGCAGGGCCCCCACCUUCCCUGGAGUCCCUGCACUGUGGAAGCUGUGGCCAGUUGGUCAGUGCCAAGGGCAGGGUUCCUGCAUCCCUGGGGCCUGGGCUCUUCUCAGAUGGCAGCUCGAGUGUCCCUUGCAGUCGCCGUCACACCCCUCAGAAGACGUGGGACCCAUGUCUGGUUUUUGGUGGUGAUGUGUGGGGACAGAGGCUCGCAACUGUCCCCCUUCUGGGGAGCCAGCAUGUCCUCAUGGGUGCCCCUGUGCCCCUGCCCACAUGCAUUAGGGAUUUCUCCAGCACCCCCCAAAGCAAGUGGCCCCAGCCUCCUCAGCCAAACAGACCCCUGUGCUCCCAAGCGGUGGUUUUAUUUUUUUAGUUUUUAUGUUUGUAAGGGAAACUGUGGAUAGAGUGAAUGAACUGUAAAUAAACAAUGUAUUUCCUCCC